UUUCUACACUUUCUCUUCUUAAAAUGUGAUUUUAAACCUAACGACACUGCUAACAUUAUGCCUUACCAUAACCUUAAAUUAAUACCAAAACAUAUUUUUUGUUUUUUAGGAAUAUUUACGAUUUUGACUUUGUGGCUGUGCUAUCUAGUGGAAACCAAGUGCACGGACUGAGCGGAAGUAUUGCCAUUUGUUUGAGCAUGUUUCAGGCGUGGCAAGGUAUAAGGUCACUCACCAACUCAAUUCAACGGUAUCCAGUGCAAAGACUAGUGUGUGUAAAGGCCACCACCACUAGACCGUGCUCAGGCUACCAGCAGGCUAAUGUGGUGAUCCUCCAUAAGAGCCUAGCAGAUGACUUCGAGGCAUUCUGCCAUGCCAACCCCAGCCCCCUGCCCCUGCUGUACAGGAGUCAGCCUGGGGAGUGGGGCUGUCCACCUCUCGCUGCAGACGCAGACAUCAGAGUGGACUGUCCCCAGUACUGUGUGUUUAAGGAUGGCCUGUUGGUAUCCAGAGUGUCCAGCCUGAUGUCCUACAGCGGUCAGCUCCAGGACAUGGUCAGCUUCUACCUGGGCUGUAGCUUCAGCUUUGAGAGGACACUGCGGAAGGCCGGGGUCCCUGUCCGAAAUGUGGAGCAGAACUGUAAUGUCAGCAUGUUCAGGACAUCUCUCCAGUGUAGAGGAGUGGGUCAGUUCCAGUGCCCUAUGGUGGUGACUAUGAGACCGGUACCUGAGGAGAAGCUGGACCUUGUGGCCCAGAUCACUCACCUGACCCCUCUGGCCCAUGGAGGACCCAUCCACAUCGGGGACCCAGCUGUGCUGGGGAUCCAGGACGUAUCCAGGCCGGAGUAUGGGGACCCGGUGGCCCUUGGCCCAGGAGAUGUACCUGCGUUCUGGGCCUGUGGGGUCACUGGUGUGGAGGCUGUCCAGAGUUGCAAGCCCCCACUGGCAUUCACCCACUCUCCAGGCUGCAUGUUCCUCACUGAUCGACAGGACUCAUCCGUCUUUGCAUCCACAUCCACCCCUGAGCCUGACCAAUGCCCUCUGACUUUCUCAAUCUCCCAGCAGCCUUUGCACUUCAGUGUGGCGUCUAAGGCUGUAGUCCAGAGCAUACGAGACCUGGAGAAGAUCAUUGGCGAGGACCCAGGGGAGAGAGGUAUCCGUGCAUUGUUUGUCCAGGAUGAGUUGCUGAGGUCUUGCCUGUCCCUCUCCCACUCCUCAUCUGUGCUCAUCACUACGGGGUUCCCCACCCACUACAAACACAACCCCCCUGAGGAGACAGACGGGCCCCCCGGAGCCAUCGCCAUAGCAGCCACCCUCCAGGCCCUCCAGAAGGAGGUUGCUAUAGUGACGGAUCACCGUGCCCUGGAGAUGAAUCAGAGGAUUAUGGAGGAUGCAGUAAAGAAAGGUGUGAUAAAGACAGCCGUACCACUGCUCAGUUACCAAGGCAACAGCCCAGACUCAGCACUGUACUUCCUGUGUCAUAACGGAGACCAUAAAAAGCCCAGGUUUGACCACUUGGUGGCAAUAGAGCGCAGUGGCAGAGCAUCUGAUGGGAACUACUACAAUAUGAGAGGAGUGAACAUCAAACACCUGGUGGACCCUAUAGAUGAUCUAUUCAUUACAGCCAGCACCAUCCCUGGCAUCAGCACCACAGGGAUAGGAGAUGGCGGGAACGAGCUGGGCAUGGGCAAGGUGAAGGAGGCAGUGAGAGAACACAUGCCCAAUGGGAGCCUGAUAGCCUGUGACGUGGCUGCUGACUUUGCCAUCACUGCAGGAGUGUCUAACUGGGGAGGCUACGGCAUGGCCUGUGCUCUAUACAUCCUCAGUCUCUGUCCCAUCCACCAGCGGUACCUCCACAAAGGCCUGGGCCAGCCUCACCCACCUACCCAGGACCAGCACCAGGCCUGGGCUGCUAGCCUGCCCUCUGUAGCCAAGGAGGAGGAGAUGCUGUCCAUCCUGGUACAACAUGGUGUCCGCAGCGGAAAGACAGGAACCCUGGGCAUGGAGGUGGACGGCCUGACCUUUCACCCCACACACUCUGACCUCAUCAUAAAGCUCAGGGACCGCACCUCACAGAGAAAGUGAAACUACACCUUACAAACUACCACCUAUGCAAAGUAGUGAACACACCACCAACCCACGCAGAGUAGUGAAAAUAGCAUGCCGUUGCUGUCAUUCGCAUCCCCUCCUCCUCCCUAUCCACCACACCACCUCCCCCAACGAUUGGAGAUGGUCCUUGGUCUGUGACCAGGUGGAAGCACCACCCGAGCCAAAAGCUACUAUUAUUUAAAAGCUACUAAUAUUUAAUUGCUCCCGAACGUUUAUUACGAACUUCAUAAAUUAAAAACCUUUAUCCUUUUGUACUUCAGUCGGUAGAGCAUGGCGCUUGUACUGCCAGGGUAGGGGGUUCGAUUCCCGGGCCCACCCAUACAUAAAAUGUAUGUAUGCAUGACUAAGUUGCUUUGGAUAAAAGUGUCUGCUACGUUGCAUAUAUUAUGUUACUAUAAUAUUACAAGCUAAAGCCUGAUAUCAGACAACGCCAUAAACCAAGUUGAUUUUAUAGCUUUGUGAUCUUAAUUCUAUUAUAAACAAGGCACUAGAUUAGAACUAUAUACAACAGUUUUUUUUGUGAUAUAGACCUUGAAUACCACAAUUCCCAACCUCUCAAAUAUCUUGUGUUGUUUUUUUUGUUAGUAAAAUCAUCUUGUGUUGAUUAGUAGGACCAAAUUAAUAUAACCAAAUAGAGAAUCAGUCACGCACACACAGAUCCGAAGGCAGACUGCUCUCAGGGACAGUUGACUGCCUUUGUGGCACACUGCCAACUGUGCUAUUCUACUAACACUUCGUCUCCAGCUUCCAUAUAAAAGUCAGAGGGGUCUGUGUGUUUUACACACCAGAAAUUCUGGCUUGGUAACUUUUUGUCUUCCUUAGCUAUGAGUUGUGAGCAAAACACUUGCGAAGAGCAGAGUACCACUGAAACCUGUGUUCUAAAAACCCUCUGUAAUUAUUCAGAGAUAUUGUUUAAAGUUACUCAACACACACUGUCUUACUAAUAUUAAUGGUGUUAAUGACAUUUGUAUUCAAAAUCAUAGUCACUUGUGAUUAUUUUAAUACACUACAUAAACUGUUAAAUCAUGCAAUACUAAUUUGAAAAGUAAUCAAAGUGUUAUCUGAUUAGACGCAGAGAUUCCAUCUACUAUCAGUGCCAGUGUGUGCCAUGCUAGGGGCCACCCUCCCUAAAUAUCCCACCUUCUCUCUCUCUCUCCCUUACUUCCUCCCUCCGCAGCCAACGUCACUCACAGAUCUGUCUAAAACAACCUUUCACACACACAUCUUACCGUCAACACUGUUUGACAAACACAUGGUAUGGUUUCAGGCAACCCUGCAAAGACUGAAGACAUAUUGAAUUCUCCAGCCAAAUAAUUAAAUCCAACAUUAUGCUCCUA